UGGCAUGAUCAAAGGCGCGAUUAUGUUGACAUUCAAUAUGGCGGUAUGUCGUCAGUGCUGUGCUGUGUCGUGUAGGUAGUGUGAGUAACCAAACCAUACAAAUCCAAACAAGCCUAUGCACAGGAGAGCUCCGAUUCAGCAAGCAUUGAAGACAUCUGAGGAUCUAGUGUAGUUUAUUCUUAAGUACAUAUUCUUUUGCAAUAAAAGUGUUUGGUGUAUAAAUUUGUGACUUCUGUGAAGAGACUUUGUGUUAUCCUAAACAUUUAGUAUAAAAAAUGUGAUUUGUUUUUUAAAAUUUAUAUCUGUUAGUAACUUUAACACCACACCUUCUUCUGUGAUAUAUUGGUACAUAAUACUGAGAUUUUUUGACUUAUAUACAAGAAAAAAUACUGUCAAAAAUUAUGUCGAGUAAUCCUCAGUGGAAAAUGUUCCAGCCGCCAGAUUCACACUCCUCACCUUUACAGGAAAUAUUAGAUCUACAGCAAUCAAAUAUGCAGGCAAAACAGGGGUACCGUAAUGGUACUUAUAGUAGUGAGUAUCCAAGCUCACCGAGAGAUAAUUAUCAUAAUAUGGGCAAGUCAGGCGGUAGUAAUAGAUUUUCCCUUGGCAAUUUUAACUUGGACUCGUGCCCUAUGGGAGAUUCAGCGGGAGUGUACUCAUCUAGUUCGAACAACAGCCAACCUCAAUAUGAUUCAAUGAAUCAUCCUCCUAUUAGGGAGACGGGAAUUAUCGAAAAAUUACUUCAUUCCUAUGGCUUUAUACAAUGUUGUGAAAGGCAAGCACGUCUGUUCUUUCACUUUAGCCAGUUUGGGGGCAAUAUAGACCAUUUAAAGAUAGGAGAUCCCGUUGAAUUUGAAAUGACAUAUGACCGUCGUACUGGUAAACCUAUCGCUUCAACCGUAACAAAGAUAGCACCCGAAGUGGUGUUGAGUGAAGCCCGUGUCACAGGUGUUGUUACCACUGAAGUCAAGGGAGAGGGUUCAGGUGAUAGUACGGGAAGGAUUUCCUAUGAGAAUAGAGGAGAAUGUUUUUUUCUGCCUUACACAAAAGACGAUGUUGAAGGCAAUGUCACUUUGAGAACUGGUGAUGCCGUUAGCUUUCAAAUUGCAACCAACCAAAGAGGUACAUUAGGUGCGUGUCAUGUACGUUUCGAAAAUCCAGCUCAUCCAGUGAAAUAUCAUGGUGUGGUUUGUUCCAAGAAGGAAAACUUUGGUUUCAUUGAACGAGCUGAUGUUGUCAAGGAAAUAUUCUUUCACUAUUCCGAGGCCAAGAUCAAAGAGGAGUUGUCUCUCGGUGAUGAUGUCGAAUUUAUUAUUCAAACUAGAAAUGGUAAAGAGGUGGCGUGCAACAUAACAAAGCUGCCCAGUGGUUCAGUCGUGUUCGAAGAUGUCAGUCCGGAGAUAAUGCGAGGUCAAGUUUUGAAACCUCUGGAGCGAGGGAACAUGGUACGGGUACCGCAGAACGAUCCCCUACCAGGGCGCAUUAGGUAUCGUGCCGCCGAUCACUCUGAAGUUGAGGUGCCUUUCGGGGAUAAAGACCAGUGUGGGGAGUUCACGCUGAGGCAUGGCGAUUGGGUCCAAUUUCAAGUGGCUACAGACAGACGGGACCAGUUGAAACGUGCAACUAAUAUAUCGCUGCUCGACGAAUCUUUCAAUGUUUCGGGUGAAAGGAGGGAACAAGGCGUCGUCUCUUCCCUUAAGGAGGGCUUCGGGUUUAUCCGUUGCGUCGAGAGGGAGCAAACCAUGUUCUUCCACUUUGCUGAGGUGCUCCGUCUCGGACAGGAGCUCAGUGUUGGUGAUGAGGUCGAGUUCACAGUGGACCCCGUGUCGACGUUCUCCAAUAUGAACACCCGUCAAUCUGCGAUACGUAUCAAGCACUUAUCGCCCGGUACCGUGCAAUUCGAGACGCUCCUCGAGCGUGGAGUACGCGGUAUCAUCGCCAAGGAAGCCCAAGCGUUUUCGUCGUCUUCAUCGUUCAGCCCCACUAGACAGCCGCCUGUUGAAACUGGUAUCAUAACAUGUCAAAUCAACAAUAUGAAAAAAUCAAUCUCGUAUACGGCAAAGAAAUGCGAAUCGAAAAUGCUUCCACGCGUCGGCGACAAAGUCACCUUCGAUAUUUAUCAGGUGAAAAGGACAAAGGAGUUAAUUGCGAUGUCUAUCCAGAUACAGCACAGCCUCACGAACGGUAAUUCAAACGGUGGUAACAACAUGCGUCCCAUCAUGCAGGGCUUCAUAGCCGCCCUGAAGGACGGCUUCGGUUUCAUCGAAACAGCGGAUCACACCAAGGAGGUGUUCUUUCAUUUCAGUAAUUUGGAAGGCAGUCCCGACGGUUUAGAGUUGGGUACAGAAGUGGAGUACAGUCUCGGUCGUAUCAACGGCUCCGGAGGUGGCUGUGCCAGUGCUGAAUUCGUACGAGUGCUGCCAAGGGGCUCGGUUACCAUUGCGAAACCUUUAGACCCAACACUCAAUGGAACGGUCACACGUACGCUACGAGCGUUGAAUCCUGAUCAGGCGAAAUAUUCAGGUCUCAUUCAAAUGGAGGGAGGUACAACCUACGAGUUUGGAAUCAUGGGUCUCGCAUGCAAACGGGAAAUCCUUCAAGUGGGUGACCCAGUUACCUUUCAAGCAGACGUCGAAGGCAGAGCUACCAACAUUAUACCAAUUAGGAAGAAGAGACGCGCUACUGUUGACGCUAUUAAAGGUGGGUUUGGUUUCCUAUCAAUAGAGGGUGAAGACAACCGGCGGCUGUUCUUCCAUAUGUCCGAAGUGCGCGGCAACCCGUCAGAUCUGCAAUCCGGUGACUCGGUUGAGUUUGUAAUGUUAACCAAUCCCAGGAAUGGGAAGUCGUCGGCUUGUAAUGUUGUUAAAGUCGGCAGCAAGCCGAUAACGAAAGCCCGCAGCGAGCGACCGGAGCGACUACUAGCGAGACUGCGUACUGUCUCGCUCGAAGAUUCGGCCGGCCCUCGUGUCGUGGUGGCAAGAGCGCCGAGGGGACCAGACGGUAGUCGCGGGUUCAGACCUCGACGGCCGCUGGCCGAACAAUUGGCCGAGUGAGACUAGAAGAGCGAUCAGCGAGGCCUGAACAGUUACAUUACUGCUACGUAGGUAAACAUCCUAGGUUUGAUUUUCAAAUUAUCAAAGGAACGGUAAACUAUAUCAACUACGGCACCCUCCACUAUAGAAGACUUAAUAAGUUUUAAUAAACACGCAAGUCCAAUUACGUAUAACGUUUUUUGUAAUCUAUUUGUAAUUUUAGCCGGACGAUGUCGUUGGCUGUUCGUUUGUUUGUUGGAAUCCUUUCGGUGUUCGGUAAAGCGCGGAAUGUUAUUUUGUAAGCGAUAUAUUGCGACGCAGUAGAAUUUAAAGAGAGAGUGCCUUUUCGUUGUAUAGUUUACCUGAACGUCAUUUGUAUUCACGAGAGACUGAUCCUUUCUUUAGCAGCAUUUAGGGAAUUUUCGUUAUUUUUACUAAUAUAAUUUAGGUGAAAAAAAAAAAAUAUAUUAAAAUAUGAAAUUAAAAUCAGCUGUUCAUUAAACGAAUCGAUACAUCACCGAUUAUAGUUUGUAAACGAGCGAGGAACAUAUCAAAGUAAACUAAUAUUGGUUUUGCUUUUUGAGGUUUAUGUUUAUAUGAGGUUCUUUUUCGCAUAGACACGUUGUUCAAAAUUCCGUUCCGUAUUCCGAGUAUGUAGUUCCCAAUGUUCGAUGUCGGGUGACGCAUAACAUCUGCAGUUGUUUUUAGACACGGACGUCCGUGAUGUCCUUAAACCCCUCGAAAUAUCAAGAUGAACUUUAAAUACGAAGCGAUCGCUUGUUUUAUCGGUUUAAUUUCAAAAUUGAUCGAUUUCGAUUUAUUUAAGCGAUAAAUUAUCUCGUUUUAAUGGUAAUUUUUAACGCCAAUUAUGAUUGGUUUAAUUUAAUGGAUGCAUUACUUUUUGCAUGCGUUUUAAGUAUUUGCUCUAUAUGAGGUUAGCUGACGUUAAGUUUUCUUUUUUAAUUGAAGGAUAAGGGGAAAUAAAGGUCAUAGCUAAAUCACAAAAAUAUAUGUUAUUUUUAAUAUUUUUUAUUACUACGUAAGUUCGUGACAAACCAAAGAAAAUGGUUUUCGUGAUAUCGAUUUUACGGGGACAUCGAUAUAUCUUUAUAUCGAUACUUUUAUCAUCACAAGAUAGUUUACGCAAAAAUGAACUAGAUGGCGUUCUUAUCUCAAGUUUGUAAAAACACUGACUCAGAUCCUUCUUCCCCCUUAUCCAUUCGAUUUAUAUAAAUUAUUAUCGUUCUAGAAACGAUAUUUGACUUUUCAAAACCGGUUACUCGGUAUUAUAAUAGAUUUUAGGUCAAUAUAAUAAAUAUAAAAAAUAUAUAUCAUUGCGCACUGUUAGAAUUUAACUUAUAUUUUAAGAAAAGUCGAGACAAAAAAUUUCCCCUGGUUGUCAUCUUUGCUUCCAUAUUAGCAUUCUUUAUAAACGCUUAUAAAGCUAUUCAGACAUGUUCUUGUGGUUAUAUUACAAAAUAUUAAAAAAAAAUUGUCGUAGGUGUUAAUUCUGCUUAAUAACUUUUAGUGAAGUCUCGUUCUAAAAGUGCGAUAUGAUAUAAAUAUUUUUUAAAAAUGUAUAGGUUUUCCAGAGUGAAGCCCUUUAACAUACAUCGUGUCCAUUUGUAUAAUUCAAAGUUUACCUACUAAUAUCACAUACCGCUAGUUUAUGAUACAGAACUAAUUGCAUAUCGUAAAGAACGAAUUCGUAGGCAAGACUGGAUGGUUAUUAAAAAUAUUAAAUAAUAAAAUUUGGACUUAAAUUUUUGAGAAAGAUACCACAUCAUCACAAACUUUGAAAGUAUGAUAAAAGUACCUCAAAGUCUGUUUAUUUUUUAAAGAAGCUUAUUUAUUUUUGAUAUACACAAUUUAAAUUUUUUUACUCUGAUCAAAUUUUCAAAGAACAAUUUUUACUAGUUUUUUUUUUAUUGAUUAAAAAGAAAACAAAAAUAUAUGAAAUUUGUGAUUAAUAAAUGAAAUCAAAUAAAAUUAUAUUUGUUCGAUUUCGUUAUGUUUAAUAUUUAAUGAUUGUAGAUAUGUAUGUUAUCAUCUUAUGUUUAGAAAUAUAAAAACUCUGGAAUUAAAAAUAACAAACGAAUUUGUGUUAGUGAGAAAUAUGAUUUUAAAUGACACAAGAUCAACUCGAUAUUGCCAAGACAAAGUAUUUUCAAAUAUUAAACAUACGACGUUUUGUUUAAUGACUUCGUGUAUUAAUCCGUUAAAAAAUAUUUAUUUUUUAUAAAAAAGGGUUAUAUAAAAUUUUGAAUGUAUUAUAUUUUUUCGUGUACAAACUUAUCCUUAUUACCUCCAACAAAAACGCGUUAAUUAUAAACCUUAUAGACUCUAAUAGAUCUCUAUCGGAAUAAUCUGUGAUUUUGGAUAAUUCAUGUGCAAUAAAAAAAUAACAAAAGUAUUGAAGUUUUAUAAGCUCUUAGGGCGUAGAAAUUAGUUUUAUCCCAGUUAGAUAUAGAAAUCGGCACCACCGUCGGGACCGUUCAUUCAUACUCAGUAUGAAUGAAAACAUAGCGGAGAUUAUCGUUUAUGUGUACCGACAGUAGAAAAAUGCAAAUUAAUUUGCCACAAAUAUUCCUUUCGCCAUAUUCAUAAUUAUAUAAAUAAAUAGAACUCUUAUUAAUACUUAUGCCGUUGAACUUUUACAUCCGUCAACAAAACUAAACCUCGUAGUAAUUAUUUAUUACUUUGUUAUAGUCAAUACCGAAAAGUUAGUUGAAAAAGAGGUCAUGCAGUUUUGCACAAAUAAUUUUGCGUUGGAUACUGUUUUUGCUAUCGGUACACAGCGUAGCUAUGUGUGUGUCAUAUUUAACUAACGCCGGUGUAUAUAACUACAAAUGAUAUGCGUCUCCGACCGACCCUGAGAUUGUAACGAACAAAAUUUUUAUAUUUAGCUAAUAAACAUUAUAAUCGGAAUAGAGCAUUUAAAUUAUGCUAAGUACUGGAAUGGAACCAAAGACUGACAAAAUAUUUAUUGCAAUAAUACUAUUGGUAUUAAAUUAUUUUAAUAAGAAAUAUUUUGUAAACUCAUGUGUUCUAUGUGGAGUCAUUUUAAGGGAAAAACGUCGUAACUGUUUAAUUUAAGUAAUAACGAUAAAAUAUAUUUAAAGAAUCGCUAACAAUUGAAACUACAGCAAUAAUUCAUGAUCAUAGGUGAUAUUGAAUAAUUUCAUAUAGUGGUUAGGAUGUUUUUCCAAAAAGUAUUUCGUCGUGACAUCAUCGAUUUAAAAAAAAAAAAAAACAUAUUUAAUCUAUGCAACGAUGAUCAGUGAUUUGUAAAAAUAAAAUUGGUUUUUUUUUUUUCUAACUAUUGUAUUUUGUUUUUUUUUCUCUCUCUCUUGUAUUGUUAAAAUCAGACUGAUGUUAAUAAGAGCAAUAUGAAUUGUGUUCAUAUUUGCAUUCACAGAUUAAUUAGAUGUCGUAGAUGUACCUCGAAGUGUGAAAUUAAUUGAACAGAACGUUGUAUCUAAUCGUUAGAUGCCACAUUCACAAUGGAAUGAUUGAUUUGUCCGAAUAGGAAAAUGUCGCGACUUAGAUUAAGUUUCGAGUUAAUUGUUAAAUUUUUAAGGUCCACUAUAGAAACUCAACCUCUUUUAAUUGUAUAUAUAUAAUAAUAAUAAAAAAAAAAACUUUACAAUCGAAUAAUCGGAAUUUAUUUGAUAGUAAACCUUUGAUUGGAUAAUUAUGACAGUAUCAAAUAAAUACGUUUCGAUUGUAAAGUUAAUUUUAACAUUUAAUUCAAUGUAAAUAGAAAUGGCAGAUUUUAAAUUAGUCGCGACAGUUUCCGUUCGGAUUUUAAAUUGUGUGAUUCAUGUCUAUGAAAUUGUUUAUGAAUAAUUCCAAAGAGAUAUAUAGGAAUUUUGAACAAACGUUAUAUGCUGUAAGCUUAAACCGCAUAAGAUUAUUUGCUUGUAUCAUAUACGCCCAUGUAACCAUAUAUAGUAAUAGUGAAAAAAAAAGAUAUAAUAAUCAGGAUAUUGAUGUUGUAGUGUUGAAAACAAUAUGUCCCGGAUCGUUUCGGGUAUAGUUAUUACUAUAUACUAGUCGUUAAUUGACGCCCGGUGGAUGAACAUCGCAAGUGUACUCUUGAAACCUAUCGCUAUACAAUGAGAUCUGAUUGAAGCCGACGUCACACUGAACCAACGCUUCGAUUGUGUAUAUCGCAGCGCAGUGUGGUGCCGUCCGAAACUGUAGCUAAGAAAAUUGGCUGACUUUUUAAAAAUAUGUAAUGCAGUGCCUAAAAGAACCUCGAUUUGAGAUACCAAAAUAAUGUCUAAAAUGAUUUUUAGCCUUUCAGAAUUACAAAACUUUGGAAUUAUCAUAA